ACAAUUUGCAGGAGAAUGUCUGAAUAUGGCCUGUCUGUACGACAGACAUAUUCUGACAUUACUGAUGAACAACUUCGGCAAGUGGUCUCUGCCUUCCUUGUAAAUUUUCCAAAUGCUGGAAUACGGAGUGUUACUGGACAUAUCAGUUCUUGUGGAAUUCGGGUCCAACAGUACAGGGUGCGGCAGACUCUGAAAGCUGUCGAUCCUGUUGGGAACUUUCUUCGCGGGCUUCAGCUUAAUAUCAUUCCAAGGGUUCCAUACUCUGUUCCAGGGCCUCUCUCCCUUUGGCACAUAGAUGGUAACCAUAAGCUGAUACGCUGGAGAAUUGUUAUACAUGGAGGGAUUGAUGGGUUCAGCCGGCGCAUUAUGUAUCUUUGUGCAAGCAGUAAUAACAGGGCUGCAACUGUUCUCCAGUGUUUUCUCACUGCUGUCAGUCAGCAUGGUUUACCCCACCGUGUUCGAAGUGACAAGGGCGGAGAAAAUGUUGAGGUUGCAAGAUACAUGCUGGAACAUCCAGAACGGGGACCUGAGAGAAGAAGCCACAUCACUGGGAAGAGCGUCCACAACCAGAGAAUUGAGAGGCUGUGGCGUGAUGUGUGGUGCAGUGUUGUUAGCAACUACUACGCCACGUUCAGGCACCUUGAAAGUAUUGAUCAGCUUGAUCCGGAUCAAGACCUCCACAUCAUCUGCCUACAUUAUGUCUUCCUGUCAAGACUGAACUGGCACCUGAAGGAGUUCAUUCAGAUGUGGGACAGGCAUCCUCUUUGCACAGAGGGAAACAGGUCUCCACAGCAGUUGUGGAUUGCUGGUGUGCUUUCGGGGCAACAAGAAAAUCCUGACCAGAUUGAUGUCUCAAACUGGGGCAUUGAUUGGGAUGGACCUGUUGCAGAACCAGACUCCGAGGCUGUUGAGGUUCCAGUAACUCCUCAGGAUUUUCAUCAAACAGUCGAGGAGCAUUUAAGGGCCUACAUUGACCCCUUUAUGAGCAGUGACGUCUUUGGUGUGGACAUUUACCUGCAAGCCCUGUCAUUGGCCCAGUCCUUAAUGUCUACACAAACAUAAAAAUAUGUACUGCGUGUCCUCCACCUUUGGCCUAGAUAGGUUCGUCAACCAUAGCUCCUUCCAGGACAGCCAGGAAUGUUGGAGUUGUGAUCGAUGAUCAGUUAAGCUUCAC